GUGUGUUUUACUCGUCACAAAGCAACUGAUAUCAACAGGAAUACGUUUAAAACUGCCUAUUACCUUUGAGUGUUCAAUUGUCUGCAUUUAUUAGUCCAUUUUUAUUGAGUUGUCAGAUUCUUUUUCACGUGCUACAGCUGCAGUUCAAGGCAUCAUCUACCUGCUGAAGAAGACACACUCUUUAACAGAGUCAGAAGUCCGAACGACAACGAGAUAAUCCAAAAGCGUAUAUAUGCAUACCGCUUACAUAAUGCCCCAGGUCGAGGCACCACUGAGCCCCUUUGCCCUUAAUAAUAAAAGUAUGAAUGCAAAUCAUGAGGUCAAGAUUAAUCAAACCGAGCCAGAUCCAGAUGCCAUUAAGAUGUUUGUUGGUCAGAUUCCGCGACAUUACGAGGAGGAAGAUUUACGAACAUAUUUCAGCAAGUAUGGGUCCGUGUACAACGUAACUGUUCUGCGUGAUAAACAAACCGGGAAAAGUAAAGGGUGCUGUUUUGUAACUUUUUAUAAACGCCAACAUGCACUGGAUGCACAGAAUGAUCUACACAACUUGAAACCUAUGCCAGGGAUGACACAUCCUAUACAGAUGAAGCCUGCUGACAGUGAAAAAAGAAAUGUUGAGGAGCGUAAACUAUUUGUUGGUAUGGUUGCCAAAAAGUGUGGUGAGAAUGAUAUCCGGAUGUUGUUUUCUCCAUUCGGUGCUAUUGAAGAAUGUACGAUACUUAGAGAAAAUGAACAGAGUAAAGGUUGUGCUUUUGUAACGUUCGCUAAUAAACAGAGUGCGCAAAAUGCCAUUAAAGCAAUGCAUCAUUCACAGACAAUGGACGGUUGCCGGUCACCAAUAGUUGUAAAAAUAGCCGACACACAGAAGGACAAAGAAUUACGAAAACUUCAUCAAAUCAAUAAUAAUCUCCUUAGUGCAGCAUCAAAUCUGCCAACAUUGGCUGCUUUAUGUCCACAAUAUUUAAAUUUACUUCAACAACAGUCAUCACAGACAUCAGGAAGUUUAACAGGACUGAACAGUUUAUGUUCACAAGAUGCCAUGCAGCUACAGCCAGGUUUAAAUUCUUUGACUUUACAGCAGUUAUUAGCGGCUGCUGCGGCCUCCGCGUCGACAGGAAAUAAUCCAGCAUUCCAGAUGUAUAGCCAAGAAAUUGACCCACAAAUGAACAUGAAGAAAUACCUGCCCCCGGUCUAUCCCUUGUUUGACGAGACUAGACCAGAAAGCAUGGUACUUGUCCAUGAAGGCCAGCCACUCUUGGCGAAUCAUCCCCUCGCUGGCAUCAAUCUGACCAACCUGUUAAAUAACACCAGCCCCAGUACUACCCCCAGAGCAAGUGUAACUCCAGUCUCAAGUGGACUCUCUUCCCCACAGCCAUCCGACUAUGUGCAUGCAUGUGAUCUCAACAAUCUUCAGAACCUUCAGCACCUACAGGGUCUAGCAGUCUUAGCAAACCUUGCCAAUAAUCCAGCAGCCCUCCAGGCUAUGAGCGUGCAGAACCUCCAACUACUCAAUCAGCUUGCUGCGUCCGGUGCAGCCAGUCCAAAUGCGUCAGGGUUAGCAGGAUUAACUACUACAGCCUCAUUAUUAGGAAAAUCAGGAGCUUUUGGUGAGCAUAGUGAAACUGGAAAAUUACAAAAUCUCAGUGGUUCAGGCUCCCUUGCUGCCACAAAUACCACAAGUUCACUGACUGGUGCUGCAGGGAUGAAUGGUUCAACCAAUAGCCUAAAUCUGACGUCAUCUGGCCUAAACGGACUAGGCAACCACAAUAACAUGGCCAAUCAGAAUGCGAGCAUGGAGGCACUCUACUCGGGCAUGCAGCCGUACACAGGUUUGUACAGUUCAUUGAAUCAAGCAGCAUUUCCGAAUGCCUCACUGUCAGCACAGACAUCGGCUCAAAUGCAGCAACAAAAAAUAUUAGGCGAGUCACCGGCAGGGAAGCAAACAGAAGGGCCGGACGGAGCCAAUCUUUUUAUUUAUCACCUACCACAAGAAUUCAGCGACUAUGAUCUCAUGUCAACGUUUGUGCCAUUUGGCAAUGUAAUCUCAGCCAAGGUGUUUAUUGAUAAACAGACAAAGCUCAGCAAGUGUUUUGGUUUUGUUAGUUAUGAUAAUCCUUUAUCCGCCCAGACAGCCAUCCAAAGCAUGAACGGAUUUCAAAUAGGAACCAAGAGGUUAAAGGUGCAACUCAAACGACCCAAGAAUGAUAGUAAGCCGUACUAGGAUGGGAGUCUUUUGAAGUUUUUUAUUAAGAUAACAUGUGGUGUAAACCACGUCCGUGAUGUUCUCCUCGUUCCUAUAUACACCUGUCACUCGCAUCGUUUGUCCGUAAGUGUCGCCAUCGUGCAUCUAGAUUACCCAUCUCCGAGGAUGUCAAGGUGCAUCAAGUUUUGGAGUAGUUUCCAUGGAUUUACUUGGGCUUUAUGCAUAUUUUGAAUGUGCUGUUUGUUGCCUUGCAUUCAAGUGUUUCAUCGACUAUAGAGACCACUUGAGGUUAUGUGGUGGUAUGUGUAUGGUGUGUUUUGUCUAACACUUAAUUGUUACGCCAACUUUGAUGUAAAUGUUACUCCUGUUAUGUAAUCGCAGGGACAAUCACUUACAUAUGAUUGUUAUUCUCUUAGCCUUUUAAUGCCCCCUAGUGAUGGCAGUGUCAUUGUGUCACUUGGACAUUUGUAACAAAGCAUGUUGUAGCAUGUUAAAAAGGUGUUACCCAAAGGUUGUUUAUAUGGAGGUAUACAAACACCUAUUUGUUUAUCAUUUGUGCAUGAUUAAAACUUGUAAUAGUUUGUAGCUCAGCUUGUUGUUUCGAUGUAACCUAUGCUUUUUUCGUUUCUUUUGUGUUUGCUUUGUAUCGCAUUGAUUUUCGUUUUCUUCUUCUUGUAUUUUGUGCUGGCAUGUGGUCGUCAUUUCUGUGCAAACACAAGCAUAUAUAAAAACACAGUGCACGAGCUGGACAAUUGAGAUACUAUUUUGUGUAUACAUGUGUAACCCCCAUUCUAUGCAUCUAUAUAGGUUGUGCAAAGUCAUUUUAUGGACAAGUUAUGUUUCCUUGUUGUUUGUGUAAAUUUGAUGGUUUCAUGUGGUUUACAUUUUUGCAUGCAUUUUCUACCUAGAGCAUAAUAACAAUGUACUUUUUUCGUUCAUUUGGUGACACAACAUUAAAAUAGUAGUUCUAAAAAAAUGUAUUCCUAGCUUUGCUAAAAUGUAGUUAUCAGAGUCAUUGGGUCCUUUUUCUGUACUAUAUUUCCAACAAGAUUUUUUUCUACACUAUAUUUCUAUCAAGGCUUUAGGUUUAUUGCCUGUUAGCAAAUCGCGUUAAAUCUCUUGCAAUGGAUUGGAUAUAUUUGGAUAUGAUACCAUAAAAAUUUUUUUGCCAGAUAAGGGAAUUCCCAAAAUAUCAACUAGCUGUUUUUAUGCCUUCUGUAUUUUUGAGAUGUUGCCAAAGUACUUACUACUGAUAGAUUAAAAAGAUUGGCCAUCAUGCAGAUGUUACCUUAAAAUCCCAUUUAGUGUGAUCAAUUCAAACUGCCAAAAAUUAGCUGUCCAUGGAGUUAAAAAAACCCUUUGAACCAGUUAACAGCUUAAAAAGAAAGCCAUACCAAUCCCGGUUUUUGACAAUGGCCUACUGUAUCAAAUGGAUAUGGAAACAUUUCAAUACAUACAUGUAUGGUCAAAAAAUAUUUUAAAAAUGCUAGCUACAUGUGUAAACCGAAAGUAGAAACUGUACCAUUGGACUUUAGAAGUCCUGUAGGGUAUAAACUGGUUGGAACUGCAUGGUUUGAUUUUAUUGUUUUAUGCAUGAUCUCAGAACUUCUUCAUUAUUUCAUAACUAAGAUUCUUUUUGUCAAUUGUUUCUCAGAUCCUUCAAUAUAGCAAAUUCAAGUAUGAAACAAACAUACCAAGAUUAUUUCCCAAUGAUGGACAAUGCAUGUGUAAAUACUCCUAUUCUGACUAUUUCCCCUUGCCAUAAAAGGUAAAGUACGAUGAAAUUUAUAUAAGAGAGGGUAUGUGCGUACAAGUCUGGGAAACAAAUGAUAAAUUCUCCAUCAACGGUUUUAUACAUAUCAAUCGGAUGAAAGUCUAAAAGAUAACCUAAAGGAAUAUUUCCUAUUUUUUUAAUGAAAAGCUGCAUCAAUUUGGCUGCGAGAGGUAGUCCCAUUCGGCAAGUUCUAUCCCAUGAUGAGCAAAUUGUUACUGAAUAUUAUUGAGAAAAUCAGAAAAAACCUUUGCAUUGUAACUUCAUUCACACCUUCGUUAUCUUUUGACUUCAUCUUUCUAAAUACUAGUCUGGUUUUACAUGCCAGAAUCUGCAUUUAACCAGACAUUUUAUCUUUGAUAUAUACCAUUCCAAUUUGUAUCUAAUGCAAUCAAAAUCAACUUUUUUUUUCCUGAGUUUUUUGCAUGAUUGUGUUUUAGAUGUAUGUGCAUGUAGACUUAAUUUUAAAUUGAAAUAUAGUAAAAUAGAAAUUUUUGGAGAUGUCGAACUUAAAAAUGACUCUUCACGCAUAAACUCUAGCUGAUAUGAGAUCAAAAAAUCUUAAUUUUUGGGGAAAAGUAUAAUUUAUUAGGCUUAUUGUAAUUAUUGUACAAUCAUAUAUGAAGGCCUUUUGGAUUAUAUAUGGGACAAGAAGUGGAUCUCCAUAUUUGAGCUUGAUUAGAAUAGUCGCAAAGUGAGAAAAUUUGGCUGCUUCAGUUUGAUAUUCUGUGGUAAAUUUGAGAUAACAUUUCCAGACAGAAGUAGCUAUUUUGUAUCCUUAACCCUUUUGCUGUUGGGCAUCAUUAGAACCCCGGUGCAAAGCGUGAAAUGACCAGCCGCCAUGGUUCUAUCGUCUGCUGUGACGUCAUCCACCAGGCGGGAAACCGGCGGUCACACAUCAAGAAGGUUAAAUUUAGAAUUCAAAACGGGGCAUAGUUUCUGGUUGUCAAAAAUCCAAAUCUGACAUUGUACCCAAUUCCGACUUACUGUAGAUUUGUUCCAAGUGGGAUAUUGGACUGAAUGUAGAUAUCUGAUUGACGUCAGGAAUUCAAAUACAAUAUUAUUCAAGAAACUCCUACUUUUAAUAUAUUGUUAGUGAGAAAUUGAUUGAUUUUUGAAGAUGCAUUCUAACAUGUAUUUUCACUAACUAGAUUCAAAGCAUAACAAUAAAGACAUAGAUUAUACGGUAACAAUUGCCCUGAUGUAUACUAGUGGUUUCUGUGAAUGAAACAAAGCAUUGAAUAGGGACUUGGAUUACAUGUAUAAUCAGAGACUCUCAUUAUGAUUAUAAUGUGGAUUAUAGUUAUGUUGACAGUAACAGCAGUUUCUUUGAAGUGGGGAAACUCAAUUGUUGGCCUUCUAUAUGGAUCACAUGUUUUUACAAAGCAUAAAACCAUCCAUGGAUAGUGAUAAAAGUGAAAUCUCGGAAAAUCCUUCUUCUAAUAUGGCUAGAUUAAUAAAAGUCAACCAAAUAGUUGUAUUUUCACAUUGUUAGCAAAUGCUACACAUGAAGCUCUCCUGAAAUAUGUCAGCCAAAUGAUUAAUUUACACAUUAUACUGUAAACAGGGUAAUGUUCAUAACCGUUUUACCGUUUUGCAAUUUUCCCGAAUUAGGAAAUUUAAGCUCUCUCAUGUCUAAUGCAUCAAAGAAAACCUUUUGCAGCAAUUUAAACAUGGAAAUUAGUCCAAGCGAAGUGAACUUUUCUUUGGCUUCAUGAACAAUAUCUGGUUUACAGUAACUGUUAGUAAAUGAUACACAUAAAUUUCUGCUUACUCUCAUCGUUAAUUCUCUUUAGCUUGGUUAACAGAAAUGUCGCUUAACGUUUACUCUAUAAUGUUGUUAAAGCAGGCUGAAUAGAUCACUGUCUGUUCCCUUCACUGGACUAUAUACCUCUGUGUUUUAGGAUCUCUGUUCUUCACAAUUUCUUUUUCUUUUAUGAAUCUGUGUAGUUUGUCUAGUCACUCUUUGGUGCAUUUAUUCCCUUUUAUCCAUGACACUGUCGAUCUACUUCAUUGAAAACAUUAGCCCAAGAUCGAUCUCACUGAACUAUGCAUUUCUGAUUCUAUGAUCUAAAUAUUGUUCGUUUUGCUUAAGUUGUUUGUUCAAUUUGUGUGAAACUCAGUGACAGUAUUUCUUUGAAGACAGCCUCAUUUAUAGGACCAUGCAAAGCUAGUAUGAUUCCAAAUAGUCAGCCAUACAAUGAACUUCGAUAAACUUACUUGCCAGAAAGUGAGGAAAGUUUCAAAGAUCAAUCUUGGGCUAACUGAUUGGAUUUUCUGUCUUUUGCUUUGUACUGCCAUCAAUACUAUGUGAAUGUGUUUGGACAACUUUUACUUUGUGUUACCCAGCUCUUGCACUGUGGCCAGCUUCUUGUAAAGUAGUCUUCAACUUGUGUAUCAGUGUAGUCUUGGAGACACAAAAUGUAUUGUGUAUCAUUUAUAGAGGUUCAUGUGGAGGUUCAUAUCAGGGUCGUAUCAAAUUGGCUGUAAUUUCAUCUAUAUGUAAUGAAACCUUAUGUUCUGUCAAUGUCACUAGGUUAUACUCGUGAUCCAAGUUCAGUUGGUCUUUUGAUGCCUCUUAGAGUAUUACUCAGAGAUAAUUCCUUCCUUACAUGUUUUAAAAGGUCUAAAUGAUUUUGGGAGGGAUUCAUUGCAUUUGGAUUUCCCCAGGCACAGCAUCAGUUUUAAGCCGCCAAGCGUACUUAUCUUUCUCAACUGUGAUUUACUUAUUUUUUCUUAGAUUGCUACUACUCUGAGGUUACAAUGUAAUUCGUUCAAAUGAUAUUUGGAAUUUAAACUUAUUUUUUCAGUCUUUAUAAAAAACCCUGUCUGGUCUGACCGGCUCCCCAUGCCACACAUUCAUGUUGAACAAACAUGCAUAUUGUACAAAUACGGGUUGCUCUGAGUGUAUAUUUGGAAUGCAGAUCUAUGUUAUCAAUGUUGUCAAGCUCAUAAUAAGUUAACUGUUGGAAGCAAUGUUGGCCUUGUUGGCCAUGUUGACAUAUGUCUUAAAUUCAGUUUUAGAGCAAAAUUAGAUGAAAAGUAUGGUCAAGCACAAAUUAAUCAGGAAUAAAAUCUGAUAUUAUUCAACAGUCACCAAAGCAUAUCAUACAAAUGUACAUGAAAUAUUUUAUCGCUGGUGUUCUCAUAACAGAAUGAUUAUUUGUGAAGAGCUUGUGCAAAACUCAAAUGACCGAACUUACUUCAAUAAUCCGUGGAAGGCUUUGACAAAUUUAGGUCCAUUUGUGAGUUUGCACAUGUGACUGUGCAGUUUGUUUCAGUUUGAGAGGAAAAAUUAUGUAACUUGCAGCAUGGAAUGUAAAUGUCCAAUUUGGGUCAAUUUAUGAGUUUGUACAGCUCUAGCUGAACUUGUGACUGUGCAGUUUGUUUCAGUUUUAAAGAAAACAUUAACUGGCAGCAUGGAAUGUAAAUUUGUAGGUAAUAUUCUUCCACGACAGAGUUUGUGUAGAAAUCUUGUGUGGUUUUGGUCCGUUUGUGAGUUUACUUUCAUAAUCAAGAUCAUUCGUAACUUAGUGGAAAUAUCGUUUUUAAAUUUCAAAUGUUGGAACAUACUGUGAUGAGUGUGGUGCCAAUGCAGAAAUUACAUUGUUGGCUUGGUUUUGAUGUUCAAGAUAGCAAUAACUAGGGACCACCAUGUGUUUUGGUUGACAAGUCUUAAACUGUUUUGGUCCGGUUAGUGUUAAGAUGCUCAACACCAGCUACAGAUAAAAGCUGGCUUGAUGAUGAUUCUGUGAUACAAUACAAACCGGUAAGGUACAUGAUCAAUAGCCUGUUCAACAUUUUCUGAAAGUGGCAUGGGGAAAGAAAUUGAGAAAAAUACAUUCUGUCUGUUAAGCUGUUAAGAAUUCAUAUAUUUUAAGUUUUUCAAUAUCGUUUCUAAAGUGUCUUUGUGUGAAAAAUGCAUGUUUUAUAAAUUUCUGGAAUGAAAUGAAUCUACCUCCAAGAUGUCUCGUUUCUCAGUGUUUACCUCAGCAUGUUGUGUCCUCAUAUGUGUGAAAGCUUGCAUUAUAAAUCUGAUUACUUCUCGAGGAUCAUGCUUUCCUAAAGGUCAUUUUAAGUUUUUAAGUUGAUAUGAUAAUGACAAUGAUAACAAUCAAAUAAUUAUGUUACUGAGAAAAAUGUUGAAUUAAAUAAAAUCCAUGCAUUGAACACUACACUACAAUACAUUGAGGGAAAAGUAUCAAAGAUCUGAAAAAUCAUGGUCGUUGUGACUUGCUUGACGUGUUGAAAAAUGUUUUUCUUUCAUUGUUUGCCAGGUGCAGCAUUUUGCUCGCUACUGGGUAUGCCAUCCAAUGUCACACCGGAUGGAUUGCAUUGAACAAUGAAUACAAAUUCUGCAGAUACAUGUAUUCUGCAGUCACAUUUAUGAUUGAAAUAUUAAUUGUUUUUUGUGAUAUCAAAUUAAAAAUUGUCAGUUCAACUUCAAGUAACUUCACCUUAUGACAUUAGCAAUUUUUUGUAACUGGGCUGAGGCAAAAAUUCAACCGAUUUGUUCAAAGAUCUUUAUUGGAACCUCAAGUUCUCAAGAUUAUUUCUUCUCUUUUGAAUAAGAUACUAUUUCUGAUUAAGAAUGUUUCUCCUUUCUCUCUAUAAUGCUCAUUCAAAUCAAUUAUGUUUUGUGAUUCUAUUCCACUUGUUUUGGUUAUUUUAUUUCUUUACUAUCUAAAGUAUAUGAUGAUAUCACGAUGCUGUGUCUGGGGAUGGUUACAGAUCUCUUAAAGUUAAGAAUAACGGAGACUCAGACAGACUGUAGCAAGUCACUCGAUUAAAAAAAAGUGUACUUGAUCAAAUGUAAUGACUUACUUGAAAUUGGCCGGGUGUAGUCCAUCAUUCUUUCAUCAUACGAGCUGUAUAAUUUGCACAGUUUAGAUAUUCUGAAAGAAAAGUUUGUAAUGUCAGCGAAGAUGUCUCAAAAUUAUAGAGUGGGCUCGAGGAAUACUUUUGGUAAAUAUUAUGUUGAGAGCAAAUAGGACAAAAACUCUAUUAAUAAAGUGGUGAAUGUUUCAAUUUAAUAAAGCUGAAAAGCUAUGUUGACCGAGAGUCUUCCUCUCACAGAGACUGGAAGUCGAGCUGACAACUUCAGAAGGUGACGACACUUGUGUUUAUUUCGAACAUCGUUUAUUGCACUACACUAAUCUCACGCCCCAUGAACCAUUAAGGCUUUUGCUUCUCUUAUUUUUGGACAAUCAUGAUUAAUGUGUACAGGGGACUUUCGCAUCCAUUUCAACAAAAUCUGAGUUAACCCUUCUCCUGAUAGUUUGAUGAAUGUAAGCAAAGUUGGAGCAAAAUUACUCAAUUUCUACUGAGGAGUAAUUGAGUUCAUAUUUCACUGAGGAGUAAUUGAGUUCAUAUUUAGUGCACUUAGAAGUGUUAUUUCCAUUGAGAAGCAUCAAAGUGAGCUAAUAUUGAGUGCACUUUAGACAAUCUGAGUGACUAAAACGACGGCCUGAAUUGAUUGUUAUCCAACCAUAGCCAGAAAUGAUAUUACCCUGAUAUAGAUGUCCAUGUUUGAUUGAUUUUAUGCCUUAUGCAUUGUAGAUGUUUUGUCAAGAGUAAAUGUCUUUGGAGAAUGGUCACAAUUUUAGUACAAAAAAGUGCACUGGAGCUAGCUUUGGUAUCCGUGUUAUGUGAAAUCUGUGGGGGAAGAAUGACUUUAUUGUUUUCUUGUAUAUUAUUCAUCAAGAGUUGUGCGUCUUGAUGUCGUUUUCUUAAUGUUUUGUGGGCUGUGGUGACGGUGGUACUGGCACCUUAAUGUAUAGUCAACAAAGUUCUGUCUGUUUUUGUGGUUUGACAAUAAAGGGUGAUCGUCAUAUCAGUGUACUUGUAAUAACCAAUGCUUACUAAUAUGAAGGGUGCUUUAUCUAGGAUUGAAGCAUUAUUGGGAAUAUAAUAAUAAUUGUGGUUUUGUAAAGUUGUUUUAUCACAAUUUGUUCAUAAUCUUAAGCUGUGUAUACAUAAUCAAAAUUACAAAUCUUCUUGCCUCUAUUGUGAGGUAUAUAAAUAGAGAUGCAUUCUUUCGUGGAGAUCCACAAUUUGCCUCUCGUCAAUGGCAGAGACAUCAUAUGUAACAUCUCUUUGUUGAUUGAACAUUUCUACCUUAAUUAUUCUAUUCUGACAUUUAUCCAACAAGGAAAUAUUGUUGAAAUAUUUGAUUUAUGACUUGUUAUAGGAAUACUAGUGUAUGGAGGACAGUCUCCUAUUUUCAGACCAAUAUCAAUUUUAUACAUUUACAAUAGAUUUGUUCAUCUGGGUCUGAUGUCAAUUUAUUACUUAUUUAUAGUGUACUCUUACAUGACAAAAUCAAACAGUUCUCGGUUAAGCCAGACACUUGAAAAGGUCAUUUCAAAUAGAUUUGUGUCAUAUUAUUUUAAGGAAUAAAGUGAAUGCAAGAAGAUAAUUCUGUAAUUUAGAAGAUGGGUCUUUGUUAUUUUUUUAAAUCUCGUUUUAGUUCAAAUUACCUUCAUCAGACUUGUUUUUAAAAUUGGACAAAACUGUCAAGAUGCUUGUCUACCGAUUGCCCAAAAUAUUGGCUGUUGCCAGCUCUGAUUAAAAAUGCUGGUAGGAAUCUUAUUCGGUUAAGAUCUUAUUCUGUUAUGUUUACAUUUGAUGUAUACAACAAUCUUUACAAGGUUCUGGUUUAUAAAGAUCAGAAUCUUACAAAUUCCUGUGAGGAUUGUACAUGUAUGAGAAUGAAUACGAUUUUAGCUCGGAAUUUUAUCAGAAUUUGGAUUGUUUACCUAGAAAAAGGUUCAUUGCCUUACAGCAGCUAAUACAUCCUCUACCCAAUUGCCUGGAAAUUGCCUUAGUAAACUAGUAUUUCAUUUCAAUGUAAUGAAUUUUCUGGUGAAAGAGGGUAUUUUCAUUGUUCCAAAUGGCCACUGGCUGUGCACCUUUUUUUUAUUUAAAAGGAAAGUGUUUUUUUGUCGGUUAAUCUACGUUCAACAGGGCAGAGUGGGAUGUCUGCACACUCCGUCUAGACUAGAUAAAGUAUCAAUUUGACAAAAAUUCAACUUACAUUCUUUUUUACACAACCUUGGUGACCUUUUUCAAGUCUUUAGACUCUUCUGUAACAUGUCAUAUGACAAAUCUAUGUAAUUAUUGAUAUCAAUGGCACAGCAGACUUAACUUUGGAUGUUGCACAUAAGAGUGUGGAGAAAAUACUCUCCAAUCCAUCGUGUGAAUCGUAUCUAAUGGCCUAAUAAAAUCUUCGCUUUGUGUAUAUUUUAAAGCCAUUUUUUACAAUCACCCAUGAACACCUUUUGGAUAUAUCUCAUUUUUGAACAACACAUCAAGUCCUGAUGCACAACAUUGCUUCUGGCAGUAAGCAAACCGUAAAAGGUGCAGUGGAACCUCUCCUAGCAGACACCUCAUUUAGCAGGACAUUGAUUUUGGCAAAGAAUACCUGGUAGGUCAUUUCCAUUCAAGUUGGCCUCUCUAGUCAGGACACCUCUCUAUCAAGGACAGUGUUUGUCAGACCCAAAGGGUGUCCUUAACAGAGUUUUACAGGAAUUUCCACAACGCCAAUGAGAAACUCUUUUUUUUGAAAAUUGAGAAAGUUUAAUAAAAUCCUCUGAAUUUAAGUCCGUUUUGGCAACAUUUAUUGUUUGUCUUAUGUAUAAUGACAAUUUAUAGUUGGCCCUUCGUGCCUUAUCAAUGGAUGUAUUUAUUAUGUCAUAUUUAUUAUCAUUUGCAUCAAAAUAUUGUGGUUGACCAUGACACUGGUCUUGUCAGCAUGACUAUGGUUAUGGGUGAUGUGAAUAAAGGCCAGUAAAUUGCUUAUACUGAAAAAUCCAUCUAAGCAUCUGUGCAGCGGUGCUGCUCGGGCGUGCGUCCCCCUUGUUAGAGGUGUGUCUGCUUUAAAAUUUGACCUUAAAAUAUAAAUUUUGGGAAAUAGACGUUAGAAAUACUACACCUGGGGCCUCCAUCUUUCUCCGACUCCUGGAUCUGCCUCUGAGCUUACUCUCCACCAAGGCUUGCCGAUAAGCACACUAUCACAUUUCAAAGAAUGUUCACCGAAUCGGGGACCCUUCGCUUGUAUUAGAUACAAUGUUUGGGUCAUACAUGUAAAACACUCUGGCACAUUUUGUCGACAUGUUCAUAGGCACUUUGAAGCAAUGGAUAGGGAAAAUUGCAUUCACCGCUUUCCCAAUCAUACUUUUACCGGGACGAAAACAGCCGAGUAGGCACAAACUGAUCGCCUUGUUGGCUCACCGUAGGGGAGUCUAUACAAUACCGUUGCGUCCGUCGUCGUCUGUAUCCUGUUUCAAAAACAGUGGCACGUUUCUUAACCGCUCGGACAAUGAACUUAAAACUUUGUAUACAUAACCCCCGAGGUCAGGUGACCACUGACACUGAAUUUCAGUCUUAUUUUUGACUUGCCCACCAGGUAGCCAGAAGUGGAAACCUAAAAAGUGUGAUAUCUCUCUUAUGAGUGUCUCGUUUUCGAUACAUUUUUUAUGGUAGGUUGUCCUAGCACGGAUACAUCACAUAAAAAACGGGUUUUUGAUUCGACCUAAGACCUUUGACCUUAAAUUAGCCGUAAAUUGGCCGUUUGAGUGGGGAGCAUACCUAUGUUCCCCGGUACCUAUGUUCCCCGGUACCUAUGUUCCCCGGUACCUGUGUUCCCCGAAGAGGAACCUAUGUUCCCCGAUGAGGUACCUAUGUUCCCCGGUACCUAUAUUCCCCAGGUAGGGCCUGCCAAUGUUCCCAGUAGGCCUACCUAUGUCCGCAAAGAAAAGUGUGUGUUUUUGUGAUACGGUUUGUUUCCACAAAUUCUUGGAAAGACCUCACAGAAUGAAGUCACUGAAUUCCAGGAAAUUGCAAUUCCCAGAAAUCCCCCAAAAAGCAGAGUUUCACUAUUUUUUGUUUGUAUUAAAAGACAUUUUUACUCAGCAUAGAUUCAUUGUUUCGUUACUUAAAGGCCAAGGUGCACGCGCCUUUGCUUUAAAUUGAUACAUACACUGUAUCAUAAAAACUAUAUGGGGGAAGAUAGGUACCGCGGAAGAUAGGUACCUCUUCGGGGAAGAUAGGUACCUCUUUGGGGAAUAUAGGUACUGGGAACAUAGGUACCGGGGAACAUAGGGAUGACCCCGUUUGAGUGUAACUAAUGCACGUUUCUUAACCGCUAAAGCUAUGAACUUGAAAUGUGGUACACAUGACUCCCUACGUCAUAUAACCGCUGACACCAAAAAAAGUGCAAUAUCUCGCCUUUUGGUGACUUGUUUUUGACGAUAUUUUUAUGGUAGGUUCUCCUAGCAAGGAUACAUCACACAUCGUACGGGUUUUUGAUCGGACUUAUUUUUUCAAGGUCACAGAGGUCAAAUGGUGUAAAUUGGCCGUUUGAGUGUAACUGUGGCACGUUUCUAACCGCUAAAGCUAUGAACUUGAAAUUUGGUACACAUGACUCCCUAUCACAUGGCUCCGCAUCACUAAUUGACCAAUCAGCGUCGAUCACAUAGGAAAGUAGUACUUUAAGAAAUCAAUGCGUGGUCUCACUAUCGAGUAGGGGUGCUAUCUGUGCAAUCAGAAUGUAGAUGUUUCUGGCGAACAUUCUGAUGAACUUUGAGCCUCAUAUGUUCACCGGCGUAGAUUUGGGGAUCCAAUUUACCCGCUGAGCCAUGAAACGCGGUAGAUGUGGUCAGACCCCCCAAACCCAGAAAUUAUCAUGGUCAUGACCUGGCAAAAAUUCUAUGGAUUUAUGCCCUUGGUGAGGUCUUUCUGUCCUGCAAAUAUUAGGUUUGAGUGAGAUAUUUGGAAAAAGUCAUGGCAGUUGAUGUCUAAAGGAAAAUGGCUUAAAAUCUAUUAGUGGUGUGUCGCCACACGUAACCUCUGACACCGAAUUUUGAUCCGAUCUGAUACUCGACUUGGCCACCAGGAGGCCAAAACUAAAAAAACGGUAAAACGUGCAAUAUCUCGCUUAGUGACUUAUUUUCGAUGAUUUUACUAGUAGGUACAAAGAUACAUCACAUGUCAUACCGUCUUUGAUUUGACCUAUAUACUCUACAUGGAGCAUGUUUCACAAACAGGAUGAAUUUCUAACCACCAAAUAUCUAUACGGUGAGCACAAUGGCCCCUGGCCGUUUCAUUGCUAAUGUAACAUACACGGACCGUAUGAUAUAUAUCGUAGCUUUUGGUGACACGGUCAAACCGAUGUUUUGCGGCGGGAAAAUGACUAAACCAGCAAUGGCGUCAUUGGUUAACGCCCAGUCAAAUCUUCUGUCGUAUGAAAUGACGCCCUAAAAUCAAAAUAUACGUCUUACCCUUCUCCAAGCUACAUGUAGUUGCAGAUAAAGUUACCUCAUGCACAUUAUUUAAUCAGUCAACUGCAAUAAAUUUUUAUCACACCUUUACACAUUGCAUUUGCUUUCAUUUGGUCAUAGUUUUUGCUGACAAGUGUAGUUGACUCGGCAUCCCGUUCGGGACUCACAUUAGUGUCACAUCAGGGGUAUGCCGUGCAGUGAGUUGUAACUGAGCGAGUCUGUUUUCCGCUUGUAUGAACUUGUGUUGUUUUCUUCUUCUUAUCCUGUAUAUUGGUGGGAGAAUACAGUCCCAGUUUUAGUUGUAGUGUUAUCAUUCUAGACACUGUUCAGUUUGUAGUGUGAAUAUCGUUUCCCAAGGUUGCUGUAAUAACUAGAGUUGAAGUGCAUUUAAUAAACGGAGUUUAUGAUAAGA